CUUCGGUGUGGAAGGCCAGCUGUUCGCCACAUCACAGCCGAGAGGCUCUACGAUGAAGAUCUGAGGUCGUUGUGAGAUUCGGGGUCAAAGCACAGUGACCCUUCGGUGUGGCCUCUGCAGGCAAUGGCAUGGCGGUGGUGGGCGACCUCCCGGUUCCUCAGAACAUCUGCAUCAGUAACAUCACCUGCGACUCCUUCAGGAUCAGCUGGGACAUGACGGAGCUGGGCCGUGAACGCAUCACGCACUUCUUCAUCGACCUGAACAAGAAGGAAAAUCAGGACAGCAACAAGUUCAAACACAAGGAGAUUCCCACCAAGCUGGUGGCGAAGGCGGUUCCUCUGCCGAUGACGGUGCGGGGCCACUGGUUCCUGAGUCCUCGGACGGAGUACACCGUGUCCGUGCAGACGGCGGCGAAGAAGCCGGACGGAGAAUACGACGUGUCUCCGUGGAGCGAGAUCGUUCAGUUCUGCACGGCAGAUUACUCGCUGCUCCACCUGAACCAGCUCCUGCAGAAGGCGGAGCUCGUGUCCGGCCGCAUGCUUCCCUUCAGCGUCUUCUACAGGAACCAGCAGGAGGCGCUGCUGCACCCGGACAGCUGCGGAGACACUCCGCAGCGCCACCUGCUGCCGGCGGUGAAGGACGACAGCGGCAGCCACGGCUCGCCCAUCAGCGGGAAGCUGAGAGGGAUUUUCUUCAGCUGCAACACCGAGUUCAACACGGGCGAGCCGCCGCAGGACUCCCCGUACGGGCCGCACCGCUUCCAGAUUCGCGCCGACCUCCUCUUCAAUCUGAGCACCAACAUCUACUUCGGAGACUUCUACUGCAUGUACACGUCCUACCACUACGUCAUCCUGGUGCUGGCGCCCGCCGGCUCGGGGGGGGACGCCUUCUGCCGGGGACGCCUGCCGCUCCUGGACCGCUCCGGCAACGCCUUCCUGACGUGCCGGGCGGAGACCGACGGCUCGCUGUCCUUCUGCCACGCCCAGGACGUCAUCCUGGAGGUGAUCUACACCGAGCCGGUGGACGUGACGCUGGGCAGCGUGACGCGCGUCAGCGGCCACCAGCUCAUGAGCCUGUCCACCGCCAACGCCAAGAAGGACCCCAGCUGCAAGGUGUGCAACAUCAGCGCGGGCCGCUAACGCCGCCGCCCUCCUCCAGUAACCGGCUAACCAGUGUAGCGGUUAGCAGCUCCACUACUAACUAACUGCAGCUCCCUGUGGAGCACAUGGUGUGCUCCAGCUGUCCUCUGAGACGCACCCGGCUCACAGCGCCCUCUGGCGGUCGGAGGGCCGGUUUCAGGAUGACUUCAACUCAGGAGCUCGUUGUUUGA